AUGUUAGGAUACGGUAAACCUAAACGUAUCGAGGUAAUAGGUGAAAUUUUAUUAAUUCCAAAACGGGGACUUCAUUGCAAAGGGAGAUCAAUGGGCUCGAACAAUACAGACAUCAAUAGGGAAACAUAUAUAGGUAUUUCCCCUUUAGCUCGCGGUCGCUUCUAUCGUAUGUCUCAAGGUGAAUGCCCCCAGACACCCCCGCCCGCCGUGACCCGAACAACACUUGGGCUAGGUCAGGGUCGGAGCAUCCGAGCCAGUAAACACAAACCUCUAUUUCAUACAGACGCGCCUCCAAACGGGGCUCAUGUUAAAUUAGCGGCUUCCACCUCACGCAGUCGCCGGAUUCUUCCGUUCGAAUAG